AUGAUCACAAUGCGGCACUUGGAGCUGUCGAAGGAAGGUUUUGCGACUGGAUUGGGCAAUCUUCUGGACGGCCUGCUCCGGGGGCACCAGGCACAGAUCGCCGGCAGGACUCGAAAGUUCGCCGCAUCUCAGAAGGAUCUCGGCUCUCUCGAAGAUGGCUAUUGUGUAACGAUUGUAUGUAGGUACGGGCCAUCAAGUUACGGGCCAAGAUUCGGUCAAUGCAAGCAAACCUACCUACAGGAACAGGAAUGUAUAUUCAAUAUUCUGAAGCAGGUCAUAUUGCAGUCUUCAGUCGGUAUCGGCCCGCGCAUCGGCCUCCCGACCUGCACUAAGGCAUUUCUUGACUCCACAAUGGGAGAUGAAAAGGAUUCCAACGGCUUCAAACUUAAUAUGCGUGGUUCAUCACAGCACUUUAGCCUCUCGCGAUACUCUGUCAAGUCACAAGGGGCCACAAGACCAUUCGUUCUGCAGGGUUCCGACGUCAUGUUAUUUUGA